CUGGCCCGUGCGAACAUCAAUUUCGAAAACGCGCCAACCUCGUCCCGGAGAAAUCAAAAGAUCACCUCCACCAAAUUCUCAAUCCGAUUCCCCAAGAUCGACGAUAGACGAACGACGAUCUCCGUUCGGCCGUUCUCAGCACCAAAACUCCGGCGGGGGGAUUUUGAUUCCGGUUAUCGGUUUACAGGGAGAAUGAAUUCGGGAGAUCUGCACAAAGUAUGGGAAGUCAGAGCCCUAAAGAGGAAGCCGGCGGUGGAGGAAGCCCAGAAGAUGCUGGAGAAAAUAGCCAAGCAGGUCCAGCCUAUCAUGCGCAAACACAAAUGGCGGGUCAAGCUUCUCUGCGAAUUCUGCUGCAGUCCGAGCAACCCCAGACUUCUAGGCUUGAAUGUAAAUGGUGGCGUGAGUGUAAAGCUUAGGCUCCGCAGACCAAAUAGGGAUUUGGAUUUCUAUCCAUAUGAUCAGGUGCUUGAUACAAUGCUGCAUGAACUUUGUCACAACGCUCACGGUCCUCACAAUGCUAACUUCUACAAGUUGUGGGAUGAGCUCAGAAAGGAAUGCGAGGAGUUAAUAUCAAAGGGAAUUAGUGGAACUGGAGAUGGGUUUGAUCUUCCAGGGAGACGUUUAGGUGGGUUUUCCCGUCAGCCUCCAAUGACACAACUUCGACAAACUGCUUUAGCUGCUGCUGAAAAGAGAGCAAAAUUAGGAGCGAUUCUACCGUCUGGGCCGAAACGUCUUGGUGGUGAUAGCAAUAUAAUGGAUGCACUCACUCCAGUGCAAGCUGCAGCAAUGGCUGCCGAAAGGAGAUUGCAAGAUGAUAUCUGGUGUGCUUCCCAGUUGGUUGAAGUUUCUGAUGAUGAAGAAGAUGAGCCCUGUGAUGUCCCCAAAGGCAGUUCAUCAUCAACUGGGCAAACUUCCCGUAGCUCCAACCUUAAUAAUGCUGGUAGAAAAAGAAGUCGUGAACCAAGUGACACUUCAAAUUAUCCAUCUUCUACUGGUCGUCCAGAGUCAUGUUCAAGUAACUUCUCCAAAGAUGCUUUAGCAUCUGAAGCUGGAUCUGUUCAUCCCUCAAACUAUAACAUGAAAGUUGAUCCAGGUGCAACUUCUGAUACAGAUGAUCCUGCUAUGUGGGAAUGUGGAACGUGUACACUAUUGAAUCCACCGUUGGCCCCAUUAUGCGAGCUGUGUAGCACAGAAAGGCCUAGGGAUGAUGGUACCAAGCACAAGUCAUGGUACUGCAGAUUCUGCACCCUGGAGAACAGCACGAAACUGGACAAGUGCUCGGCGUGUGAACAAUGGAGAUACUCCUACGGUGCCCCAUCUUCAACUCAUGCGCCAUACACAGGUACAUAACAAGAGCUCUGACCUCCAUGGUCCCUGGAAUAUCCACUCCAUGGCUUCCCAGCCCAACUGUGACCAUUCUAAUUACUCUAAGGGGUCUCUCCGAAGAUUGCGAAAUCAAUGAUCAGGUUAGGGUGAAACUACUUUUGUGCUCACGGUUCAUUAUCCAUCAUGUUGACUAGAGAAUGAAUUGAGUGGUAAUGAUCAUGUUUGCAAAUAGAAAGGAACAGCCUGUGUAGUCAGUUUGAGGGUAAAGUGGUGCUUCUUUCUUCCUAAGAUAUCCCUUGUUUGAUCCAGUUCAAGUCAGUUCAUACUACAGUGACUCGUGGAUGGGGCAUAAAGGACAAAAAAUGAUCCAUUUAUAGUUUUUUACUCUGUCCGUGUCCAUACCUAUAAGUUAAUAACAUCACAUGCUGCUGCUUGCCUGCAUUAUACACCACCGCCUGUAACAAUUUAUGGUCAUUCAUUUAAUGAGGC